GUACGAAGACCCCCUCGCCGAGGGUUGGAAGCCACUGGUGAGCGGUGUGCCGACCACUCGCUACCGCGUGCCUGACAUCUCUCCCACAGAUGACUACAGGUUCCGUGUUCGAGCCCUCAGCCCGUACGGUGUGAGCCCACCCUCGCAUCCCACUGGACUCUACAGGAGGGCGAGUCCCAUGCGUCCUCUGGCUCAAGAUCUGGCCAUCAGUGACAUGAAACCUGAGAGUCUAAAUGCGGCCUCGGCUCCAAUCACGUGAACCAACCAUCACGGAGCUGGGCAGCGAAUCCGUCAAACUGACAUGGAAACCUGCGGAACUUCCUUACUAUUCUCGUCACACAACUCCCAUUUCCUACUCUGUUGAAUACCAGGAGGUGCCGGGCCGUGACUGGGUCGUGGCUUCUAGCAGAAUCCCGGACACACAAUACACCGUCCGGGGCCUGCGCAGUGACCGAGACUACCGGUUCCGGAUCAAGCCAGAGACUGAGUAUGGCACCGGAGAGUACAGUCUCCCGGUGCAGGCCCACAGACGCACAGCGCCUGUCCUGCCAAGCCGAGAGCCUCUUCUCUCCAAAGUGGCUCCUUCUUCGGCCACCAUAUCCUGGCAGCCCGCCUCACUCCCCUCUGGACUUCCCUCUCGUCCUAUCGUCUACCGCCUUGAAGCCCGGGAACCGCCCAGCUCCAGGUGGUAUGAGCUGGUAGCACGCUUACCUUCCACGUCCUACGACAUGCAGUUCCUCUACCCUGAUCAAGACUACAUGUUCAGAAUCGUGGCAGACUAUGACGGUGUAGAGAGUGAACCCACCAUGGCUGCCUACCUUCCCCGUCGUGCAGGUCCACCGAAGAUGCCCCGAGACCCUCCAUAUGCCUCCAGUGUCCAGCCAGACUCUCUCAUCCUAGCCUGGCGGUCAGUGGAGUUGCCCAGUCGAAUCACGGAUUACUCACCUGUCUCGUACAGAAUUGAAGUCUUGGAGCACCCACGCUCUGACUGGCGACCUCUGGCCCGACAGGUCACGGACACACACUACCAGGUGACCAAGCUGAGGCCAGACCUGGACUACUCUUUCCGGGUCAGAGCAGAAAAUGAGUUUGGUAUCAGUGACCCAACCGAUGCCCUGCUCAUCAAGAAGAGAGCUGUUGCGCCCACGAUGUCCCAACUGGAGCCUCUCAUCUCCGAUGUCCGGCCCGAGUCUGUACGUCUCACUUGGAAACCUGCCGAGCUGCCCUCAUACCUCACAGACUACGUGCCUUUGGCUUACAACGUGUUCCAACAGGAGGAAGGUGACCCCUCCUGGCAGCCCAUCGCCCGCCGUGUGGCAGGCACCAGCUAUUACGUGACAGGGCUGCUGCCUGACAGAGAUUACAACUUCCGGGUUCAGGCUGAGAACAACUACGGUACCAGUCUGCCCACGAUGCCUUCAAGACUUCGGCGAGAGAUUAAAGGGCCCAUCUACUCCCCUAUCGUGGAGGACAUCGAGCCCUCUGCCUUCCGCCUGUCCUGGAAGCAGCCAUCCCUCGCCAAGAAGGCCACGUACUCUGUGGAAUCUCUGGAGCCCGGCACCUGGAAAUGGCGGCCCCUUGUCUCCCGCCUGCCACACCCCAGCUACAAGGUGACCAACCUGCAGCCGACACGUGACUACGCCUUCCGCGUCCGCGCCGAGGUGGACUCUGUGGUCACGGAACCCUCACUGCCCAUCUCCUUCUCCAGCCACAGAUCUCUUAGGAGGGCAUACUCUGAACAACAUGGCGAAGAGGCCCUGCCGACUGUGCCCGUGGAGAGGCCCACACUGUCCGAGGUGUACGAGGACUCUGUCCGUGUCAACUGGCACCCCAACCUCUACCACGGGGCCACGCUCAAGUCUGCCCCUAAGGCCUACAGGCUGGAGGUGCGAGAGCUUCCCGACUCCUACUGGCGCACGCUCGUCCCCCGCACCGAGUCCUGGAACUUCGAGGUCACUGACCUUCUACCUGGUCAAGACUACGCCUUCCGGGUGCGGACCGUGUCAGACACCGGCAUGUCGGAACCCUCACUUCCUGUUUUCCUGUACAGGAAAGCAGCCACACCCAAAGUGCCCCUGCCUUUCCCGGAAGUGGCUGACGUAGGUGAGGACUACAUCGGACUCCGCUGGAAGACAGUGGACGUCCCGGCUUUCGAGACGGACGAGUCGCCACUGUCUUUCAUCAUCGAAGCCCAGAGACUGCCUGAGUACGACUGGAAGCCUCUUGUCCGGAAUGUCACGGGAUCUUCUUACAAGGUGACUGGUCUGGAGCCUAAGAAGGACUACAAAUUCCGCAUCCGAGGCGAGACAGCAGUUGGCCUGACUCAGCCAUCUCAGCCAUUGCCGGUUUACAGGAGUCCAAUGAAAUCUGGAGUCCCAGUCACUAACGUGACCAUCGACAGGGAUUCGAACCAGCCCUACGCCGCACGUAUCAGGUGGCACCCUGUUUACAUCCACCCAUAUGUUGCCUCUCAGGACACGACCUACAUGGUUGAAGCACAAGAACCUCCUCGCUCGGACUGGUACCCCCUGGCGAGAGACGUACGCUCCACUCACUAUGUCGUGCCAGAGCUCAGCCCUAAAAAGGAUUAUUUGUUCCGCAUCCGGGCCAAGGCAGCCACUGGAGAACUGAGUGCCCCGACACCUCCUGUGCCUUACUACAGAAGUCCAGCCUCAGCUUGGGAAGUCCUUCCUCCAACCAGCGUCCCCACUGAAGACUACACUCCGAUCAACAGGCCUUACAUUGAGGAGCUCAUCGUGAAAGUUCCACCGCGUAUGAGCAUUGAGAAACCAGAGAUGAUAGUGGUCAGCCCAGAUUGUGUCCGGCUGUCCUGGAGGUCAGCGAGAGUGCCAUCAGCCACCGCCCACCUCUCGCCCACGACGUAUCGUGUGGAGAUCUGAAGGACGUUGCAGCUGAAAUGGAGUUUGAGCAGUAUGAGUCCUCUGGAUCUCUGUUUGGCGACACCUCCGCGCCCAAAAUGCCGAUGGACACGCCCAGGAUGGGCAUCAUUGACCAAGGCAGCAUGCGGCUGUCUUGGACACCAGCCAGAAUCCCCGCGUACGCCCGCAAAACGCCCAUCUUGUACACCGUGGAGAAAAAAGAACCCUCGGACGUUGAGUGGGUACCACUCGUCUCCAGGCACGAUGACGUCAGCUACCUGAUCAAGAGCAUCAAACCAGCUCAGGAUUAUCUCUUCCGGGUACGCGCCGAGAACGAGUUCGGCUCUAGUGAGGCAACUCUGCCAGCUGCACUCACGAGGUCAAAAACGCCCUCUUUCAUCCGGAGCAGCGCGUCCAGGGAGCGAGAGUUACAGGCUCCAAGUUCUCGCAAGUCUUCCUACAGUUAUCUUGACUCGCUGUCUGAUGGAGUACCCCCGCGGGUGCCGGCCGGUAGACCAUCUAUCAGUGACGUCACGGGCAGCAGUGCCACAUUGAGCUGGCAGCCAGCCAGAAUGCCAGCCUACAUCAGAGGAGGGGUGAAGAUCUCGUACGUGGUGGAGUCACGAGAGCCCCCCAAUCAUUUGUGGAACAAGCUCUCUCAGAACGUGUCGGCCACCACUUUCAAAGUCACGGACAUGAGGCCAGACCAGGACUACAUGUUCAGAGUAAGGGCUUUCAACGACGCCGGAAUGAGCGAGCCCACACUUCCUGUAACGCUGACACGAGAACGUGCUCCGGAAGCAGAACCCCGCACCAUGAGGCGCAGAAGUUCUGUGGAGCGCUUCAGCUCGGUGGAGCGGCGUGCAUCUCGAGAGAGAUCUAUGUCCAUGGAGAGAGGAGCAUCUUUACCUCGGGGCUUGUCCAAGGAACCGUCUUCCAAGAAAGAUGUCGAGGAGGAUGAGAUGUUUGCUGGCAAGACUCCAGACACGACACCCGCAGUCCCAGAGUUUUUGGCUUCUGAAUCCCCUGAAAUCCAACACGGCAUUGACGCCCGGCCAGUGAAGAUCUCCUUGCAACUGCGGGGAAUCCCCUUACCUGAUGUGACGUGGUACUUCAAUGACAAAAAGAUUAUGUAUGGAGACCGACAUGAGGGCUACGUCACACCGACAGGUGAGCCAGGAUGGCGACAGGUGGGUCUUGGACAUAGAGAAGGCUAUCCCAGCAGAUGCUGGCUGCUAUGUCUGUGUGGCCGAGAACCCAGCGGGAAAAGUCUUCUGUACAGCCAGGCUCAACGUGGAUGAGGAAGACACAGUGUUGUAAGGAGGGUCAUCGAAAGGUCAUCGGGCCAAGAGUACGCGGCAAAGUUCACACAAGUCAGAGAAGAAGGAGACAAAGACUUUUUCAAGCUUGAGCUGGAUGCUCUGUUGAGGCAGACGGCUGGCGGUGUGGAGAGACUCCAUGACGCUUUCGAGACAUCCAGACAUGUGAUUCUCGUCUCAGAGAAUGUUAAGGACGGUGAUCUCCUGGAACGUGUGACGUCAGAUGGCCAGUGGUCCGAGGCGAAGGCUGCCCAGAUGAUCAGGCAGCUGGUCAAGACCUUGCAAGAUGUUCAUAAAACAAACUUUGUACAUCUGGAUGUCAAGCCUUCAAACAUCAGGUUCCGAUCACGUGACAACAGUUCAAUGACCCUCACUGACUUUGGUUUCUCUCGGAAACUUCCUCUGAGUUCCGACCUCUGCUUCAACUUCGGCACACCUGACUUCUGCUCACCUGAGGCGGUUGACAACGAGGCAGUGACCUCAGCAUCUGACGUUUGGGCCGUGGGUGUUAUUGCUCACCUGCUACUGACCGGUGUUACGCCCUUCUCCGCGGACACCGUCCCGGAGACCCUGCACAGAGUUCAGACCUGCAACUGGACGCCAAACUCUUCGCUGUUCUCUGGCGUUUCUCCGACGGCGUUGGACUUCAUCUCGAAGAUCCUCGUCAGAGAUCCAGAGGCCCGUCUGUCAGCUGACGCUUGUCUGGCUCAUGAUUGGCUGGCCAGUGUAGCUGACAAGUCUGACUCCGCCCCCAUAGACACCAAACCAAUCAAGGCAUUCCAAGACAAAAAUGUCGCCCAGCGUGAAGCCUCUGCAGUGACGACAGUAGCCUGUCUCAGAUCUCUGGCUCGACUGCUCGAAGGUCCCAUUCCGAUUAAGGGAUUGGAACCCGAAACCGACCCUCACACAGGCGAAACGACCUUCCCGGACACUGAAGAAUAUGGCCAGUAUCUGGAUGACGAGUCCUGGUACGAAUGGCAGUCGCGCCACCAGCAGGGCCCGGACACUGAGUUGUUCCCCCUGAAGGAUGCGCCGUACACUGUCAGGGUCAGAGGUUACAAGCGAGCAGCGGGCUCUCUGGACGAGCCAGGGCCCGUGGUGGUAGACAGUGAUGAUGAGCUGGACCCUCAGGACAAGGAGAGGAUGAGGACGAUGAAGGAGAGGAGAAAGAUGUCAGAGAUUGACAGAGAAGAAAUCCCCCCUUCUCUGGAGAAAGAGUUGGAAUGGAUGGAAGAGGCCAAAAAGAGAAGAAAGUCGAGAGAUCCUGAUGAGUUCAGUCUUGCAUCCAAGCGUUCUUCAGUGGCUUCCAUUUCGACAGAAGGUAUGCCUGGGCCAGUGUUCAAAGAGAAGCUUCACGACAUGGCGUUCGGUGUGGGUGACACAGUUAUCCUCCGCGCCGUGGUGGUGGUGCCCCCAACACCAACUGUGGUCUGGUACAAGAACGAGGAGCUUCUCAAUGAAGGAAACAGACUUAAGAUCAGCCUUGAGGAGGAUGGAGAAGCCACUCUGACCAUUCGUAACGCCAAACCUUACGAUGCUGGAGUCUAUAAAUGUGUGGGCAGAAACAAGUUUGGCAGAGUCUCAAACCGCAUGAGGCUACAGCUUGGAGACACCCCUGGAAGGCCAGGUCGUCCCGUGGCUGGUCAAGUGUCCGGCACCGAAGCGGUGGUCAUCUGGGAAGCACCUCGCGUCGACGGCAACUCGGACAUUCUCUAUUACAAGGUUGACUACAAAGCCCAAGGUCAGGAGCGCUGGACGCCCGGUACGUACACUCGUCAAGAGGCGGCGUUGGUGUCAGGACUUCAACCGGACACUGGCUACCUGUUCCGAGUCUCAGCAACCAACCGCAUUGGAACAGGCCACUACAGCUGGGCUUCUGUCCUGGUGCAGACAAAGCCUGAAGGAUCCCUGCAAAUCACAUCAGAUGAGUUCUUUGACCUUAGCCUUCUCCGCGGUGAUCAGACGUCAGAUCAGCCCAGAAUGCCAACAGAGUAUGAUGACAUCAUCCCGGACGAAGAGCUGGGCCAGGAAGUGAAGGAGGCGUCCCUGCAGACCGUGGAGCCUGACUCAAUCUACAACAUUGGGGAAACUCUGUACAAAGGAAAAUUCUACACAGAAAAAGCCAUUACCCUUCCAUCUGAGGACGACAAACCGUUUGUACUGCGUACUGUUGCUUCAGGCCCUGGGCUCUUGGAGUUCGAAACUCUUCGACAACUGCGUCACGAGAGAGUUGUGAGAGCACUCACUGCCUUCUCUUUGGCGGAUGAGGUCCACUUAGUUCUGGAGGCCCAGGAAUCGGGUCAUGUGGCGCAUUUCUUGUCGCUGAAGCGGAAAUACUCGGAGAACUUAGUCACGAGUAUUAUCAGACAGGUUCUGUAUGGUCUGGAGUUCCUUCAGCGUCACAACAUUGUACACUUGAACCUCCAGCCGGCGUCCGUGGUCGUCUCCAAACGCGAGGGUUGUGAGAUCAAGCUGACAGAUUUCUCCAUGUCCAGGACUCUGGCUGUACCAGAAGGGGAACAGGUACCCAGGAAGGGAUACCCGAAUUUCAUCGCCCCUGAGGUAGUGGUGAAGGACCGGGUCGGCUUCCCCGCUGAUGUGUGGGGUGCAGGAGCUCUGGCCUUCUUGCUGCUGAGCGGAGUCGCUCCCUUCCGGGGUGAGAAGGAAGAAGACACACUUGUGAACGUCGCUCUCAACCGCUACGAUGCUGCUGAUCUCUAUGAAAACGUCACCACCGAAGCCUUGAAGUUCCUGUACAAGGUCAUGAAGAGACUGCCCAGGAACCGGCUGAGUGUGAGAGACUGCUUGGAGCACAAGUGGCUGCUCCUGGGCGACAAGACCGUCAAGGACAGAGAGGCGGCCAUUUUCUUGACCAAUACCCUGGGUGAUUUCGUGCACCAGUACGACGCUGACCGGAAGCGGGAUGACUUCCGGCAAGAUUUCGACCAGUCGGAGUUGCCGAUCCAAAUGGCAAAGCUACUUCCUAUAGAUGUCACUGCCCUGCAGACAACGACAGACAGGACUCGAUCUGCUGUAUCGAAGAAAGUAGGAUUCACAGACGUGGGUAGGAGUCGAACUGCGGGUGGGGCAGAGUUGACACUGGAAGCAAAACUUCAGGCAAAAGCCGACCGGCUCGCUGCGGAAGAGAAAGCUCUAAAAGAUACAGGCAAGGGAGCAGAACUUUCUAGAGACGAACAGGCGGGAAAGUCGACAGACGGAAAAGAUGUAACCGAGAAAUCGCCCGAGGGCAAAGUUGAAGCAGGCAAGGGAAGCAAGCCAAUAGCAGAGGAGUCAGAAUCAGGCAAAAUGGCGAUAUCAGAGAAGUCAACGGCUCCGGAAAUUAAAAGUGUAGAAGUGAGUACAACCUUGGGUGCUCAGAGAGUUGCGAGUGAAGUCGUUGAGAAGGCACUUGCCGAAGCUUUACAAAAGGCAGGUACAGGAUCGGACUCAACGACAACAGUGCAGGAGGGAAAGAAAGAAGUAAAGAAGGUAACAAAGAAGGAAGAAAAGAAGGAAGAAAAGAAGGAAAUGAAGAAGGAAGACGCGAAGGAAACAAAGAUGGAAACAAAAAAGGAAGACGCAAAGGAAACAAAGAGGGAAACAAAGAAAGGAGAAGAUGAAACUGGAAAGAAGGAAAAGACAAGCAGCUAGUGACAAAGAAAAAGUUCCUUCUUCACUACAGCUCAAAAAAGGUUUGACAUACAGUGGUUCUUCCCCGUGUAACACUUCACAUUUUGAGUUUUCCACGACUUCUCCGCCCAAAACCUACACUCUGACAAAAAUUCAACCUUGUGCAAUGAGCUAUGAUUUUGAUUUUUUAACCUAUUUUUUCUAUGCCUCUGUGUUCGCACCAUAACCAUACCCAUCUAGCUGUCGUCGGCAUUACAAGCCAAACUACGCAAACAGACAAAAAUAAAAAUAUUCAUUUUUGGUAAAUGUCGUGUUGUCAGCUUACUGGCCUCUUCUAACACUAACGCCACCUCAUUUACACCACACUUUUCUGCUUCAAACAUGGAAAUCCACAGCCUUUCCUGUUAUAAACGGACCUGUUA